UAUUGUGGUUACUCGCGGUAGGGCGUAGACCUAUUCAUUUCACGUGUAUUUGUGCGUGGGUGAAGCUGGGUUUGAAAUUGGAGAAAGCUGACCAAAAGAUUUCCUGGUUGCCUGUAAUGUAGUGUAGAUUCUUGAUGUAUUUCUUGAUGAGCCUGAAGAACUUAUGAUGGGAAACCAGAAGAAAGAUCGUAAGAUCCUUCCUAGGCAGAGGUCAAUGAGUACGGCGAGCGAAACGAAUGGCCAGAAUCUUCAAAGUCAAAGCGGCUCAACACAGGAAAGUGCUCGUGCUUCAGAUGGUGACGAUUCUCUCCAAGCGUCAGUUAGUGUGGGACAAAGAACUCUUCAAGAUACAGUUUCCUCCAGUAAGGGUCACAAAAUAGACCAAGAACAGGCCUCUCAAAAUACAACAAAUGGAGGACACCAGUCUUCCCUGGCCUCAACUCGCAAUAGAAGGAACAGCUGUUGUAGCUCAGACUCUGAGACGUCCACAAAAGAUCAACGGAAAUCGAAGUGGGACAAAACAGUAGAGUCUGCCUCCCGUCGUACGUCCAGUCAAGAACAUCGUUCUCAUUCCUGUCCGAGAGAAAGUCGACGAUCAAUUCCAAGUUCUUCAUUUUGCUUUACUGAAUUCCCCAAAAGUCUCUUACAGGCUGUGGAGGCUGGACGGUCAAUUGAAGUUGCUGAAAUCUUGAAAAGUCAUGACAAGAGUUUCUUUUCUAUCUUGGGAGUUGCCCUGCAUAAAGCUGUGUCUCUUGGUCACCUGUUUAUAGUGCAAAAGCUGAUAUAUCAUGGAGCUUCUCUUCAUACUGCAAUUUUGGGAAAGAAUUGCUUUCACAUUGCGGCGGAAAAGGGGCAUGUUGAUAUUAUGGAAUUUAUUCUAAGAAAAAGUCAGGGUGAAUUUGUUUUCAUGAAUUAUACUCCUGAUUGUUGUGGCAACACGCCACUGAUUCUUUGUCAGGGCACAUCAGGUGCAGCUCGCAUCACCGAGAUUAUCUUGUCACACUCGCACGGACCAUCAAUCAAUGAGCAAAACCACAAAGGACAAACAGCUUUGAUGAAAGCUGUGAAGAGUCAGAACAUUGGCGCUGUGCUCCAGUUGGUGAAGGCCGGGGCCAAUGUGGAUCUGAAAGACAAAAAGGGGAAUACUGCCAGGUCACUUGCCACUGCCAUGGGUAUGGAUGGGUUAGUGGAGGCACUGGCCGAGGACACAAGCGGUCAGGGAUUGACUCCAAUAAUGAAAGCCGCUGUGGCCCAGAAUACUGAUCUUUUAGAAUUGCUACUUAUGUCAAAACAGUUUGAUCUGAAUCAGAACGCUGUAGAUUUAGAUUCUGAUGAAAGCGAUGACUGUGACUUCACUGAUACUGCCCUCACUAUGGUCUUCAAUUCAAAACUUGAUGAAAGGCAGAAGUUAUUGCCCCUCCACUUUGACUUGAAAACCCGUUUACAUAAUUUUAAACAGUUAACUGUCAAAGAGCAGGAUAUUGUAGCUAUGCUGGUGAAAGCUGGAGCAAACAUCCAUAUUGGGGGUGAGUAUGGCAGAGACAAUAGUCCUUUUCUAAUGGCCGUGAAACUUGGAGAUAAGCAGCUCCUUGACCUUUUGCUGAAAAAUCAAAAAUUGAUUGGAAAUGGUGACUCAUAUGCCAAAGCUUUAGAAGUUGCUGCAAGGGCUGGUCGUUGUGAUCUUAUAGAUGCUCUGACCCCAAGUAUGGCUUUGCUGGAGCAGUGUUUUGAUCUUACAGAAGAAUGGAAUUUGAGUUUUCAGUUUGCGUUGAAUAUGGCGUUGCGGUAUGGUAAGGAAGAGUGUGUAGCUAAACUCUUGAAGAUAAUCAAGUAUAUUGAUUUCAACGAGACCAUGAUUACUGCCAUUAGCUCCGGUCGUUUCUCCGUGUUUUUGAUGGUGCGGGAUGCUUACUCAGAAAAAUUUCACCAACUAGUGUCUGGUGAUGAAGGGACAGGGUGGCUGUGUGCUGCUUGCAGAAGCAACAGUUUACCUAUUGUAAAAACCCUUCUCAACUCUGGUGCCAAAGCCACAGGCGGUAAUUUUGAUAACCUGCCGUUGAUGUGCUCAGUUUCCGCAGAGGUUACUGAAAUGCUCAUACUUAAUGGUGCGGAUGUUAACAAACAUCAUCAUUCCUAUGAUGUUGGUCAUUCUGCAGACUCAGCUUUAGAGCAGGCUGUGUUGUCCAAUCUCCAAGAUGUUAUCAAAGUUUUGAUAAAGCAUGGCGCCACUUUACACAUCAAAACACUCAACCUUGGUCUCUCACGCAACCCCUGGUAUGUUGGAAUGCGAAAGUUGCUUCUUAGUUAUGACAUUGAUAUCAACCAGAUUGAUUCCCGUGGUGAGUCGCCGCUGUCAGUAUCGGCUUAUCGUGGGGAUUUGGAGUCUGUUGAGACGCUCAUCAAAAAAGGUGCGGAUGUGAAUUUCAAGGGUCACUAUCAUUCAUCUCCUCCUCUUAUUUCUGCGAUUGGGGGAAAAGAUGUUGAGGUAAUUCGUUAUUUGCUUGAUCACGGCGCAGAUGUUAACAUUUCUAAAUCCAAUGGUGAUACUGCGCUAACCAUAGCUGCCAGAAUUGAUGAUGGGACCAUUCUUUCUUUGCUCAUUGAAAAAGGGGCGUGCCCUAAUAUCUCAAAUCCAAAUCCACGCUAUGACAACAUACCCUUAGUGGAAGCUGAAAGAUUCAAAAACUAUUCUUCUUUUCGUUGUUUGGUGGAGGCUGGUGCUGACGUGAAUGUUAGACUUCAUGGUAUAACUUUUCUUACCAAGAUUCUCAUGGAGAAAUCCUAUUCUGAAUCGGCGAGGUUUAUAGUGUGUCUCCUCAAGCAUGGAGCAAAAGUUUCAUCAGGGAAAGCGAUGUUGGCAGUUCACAACAGCAUUGCCCUUGGCAAUUUUCACGUUUUGUCAGCCCUGAUACACUCAGGGGGUUUUAGUCCAACUCUGUUUCAGGACAUCCAUGUUCGAGGGCCUCCGCCUUUCUGUAGGGCAAAUCUCUCUCUGAUAGCAGAUUUUGCCGGCAUCUUCUCUCCCCUUUGUAUGGCAUUAUUGUGUGGUCAUGUGACAGUGGCUCGGGACAUGUUGAGGGCCUCCUAUUUGACAACCUCAGACUUGACUCUUUUGCCUAGACAUACAAAACUGAGAGAGUUUUUUAACAGACAUGUAGGGCUUGAUGAGAGUGUAGCGGUUCUGAAUGAGAUGUCAGUCUCCGUGCCAUCUCUUCAGCAGCUUUGUUUUGUUAAUAUUUCUGAUAUGUGUGGGUCUGAGCCAGGUCGGAAGGAAAAAGUGAGGCAGCUUGGGCUUCCAGGUUGUAUGGAGAGGGCGCUUUUGUUUUCCUGCCCGGAUCAGUUGAUCGGGGGUGAGCGCUGCUUGGCUGAGAAUUCAUCAGAGACAACACCUGCUCAGGUUGAGGAAUUAAGCCAUUGUUGGUAUUAUAUAUUCCAGCGCUAACUUAUCAAAAAAGAAAAGAUUUUCUUGAGUGGUAUCAAGUGAAGAAAGUGGCCGGUAAUUUAAGGGCUGUGUUGAUAAAAAAUUCAGUUUGUUUUGCCAGUGAAGUGGAUCAGAGCAAAAUUUCUUCUUUUUUAUCUUUAUUUGAGACCUUGCUCUUAUGUUAUUGAUUCCUAAAGUUAAAAAACUCAGGAAUAUGACUCAUGGAUUCUCAGUACUCAUUUGCUGCCAUUGCAGUCCCUUCAGGUUAUAACAAUUUUUUUUCAAACUGUCAGGGCUUACUGGUACAUAAAAGACACCCCAAUACCCUAUACAUGUAUGUAUCUGUUAUUUUAAUGCUGGCAGCUUCUCUGUUCAUGUUAUAAAGUGUAUUGUUAUGUAAUCUAUAUAUAAUGUCUCAAGUAUACAUAAGUAUUACAUUAAUUUAUGUUCUUGUAACUACCACAGUCAAACCUAUCAAGACAUAAUGUGUCUGCUUCCUGAAUGUUGUGUUUCAGCAUUGCUAUUGGACCGUUAUUAGAAAGAAUUUGAAGUAAGAAAAUAAGCUGUAUUAAAAAUUCAAUCUGUUUUAACCCUUAGUUUCUGUAAAAAAAACCCAACAAUUUGCCCUUGACGGAAUUUUAUUUUGGUCAGUCAAAGUGGAACAUUGGGUGACUUAUAUUAUAUUUGCUUAUAAUUUCUCUCAAAAUUAAACUGUAACAGUAUUAUAUGCCACUCAAUGGGAAUUUUUGUAAAUAAAUCAUGUGUGUCAUGACACAGUGGAAUCCGGCGCUUGUCAGAUUUGGGGCAUGUAUGGAGUUAUAGGUAUAAUUUUGAAAAGCUUGUUC